ACGUUAUUUCUGAAUGGAGAGCACUGGUCUCUUACUGGAAAUGUCCUACUUCCUGUCUUCAUCCUCUCCUCUGCCAUUGCAUAAGCUGUCCAUCAAGAAAGUACUCGCAGGAACCGAAAGAUCUAGAAAUCUAAAUUUAGCAGCAGAAACCAAUUCGGCAGCAGCUCACUGAGAAACGCUUUAUCCGGCAGUGUGUACGGUGGUGACUGAGGUAUUGUGGCUGUCAGGAUUUUUGCAGAUCAAAAAGCAUAGCAAAAAAAAAUUCAGUCACAGAUCAGCGGGUGCAGAAUUGGCAGCAGCCAUGAGGCCUGGAUCAAAACUGAUCUCCGUCGCCCAACUCCCAACGAUUACAGAGGCCUACGAGGAGAUGCUGCAAGAUAUCAGCAGCGCCUCACAGUGGCCAGGGAAAUAUUACAUCCACUCGGAGGCUGCCUCGGCCGACGAUUACCUGAGGUCCAUCUGCCAGUUGGCAAAUCCGGCGCUGGCCGCUGCCAGCAGCUCGUGUGACAUUCAGCAUAUCAACAAGCUCAACCUCCUUGGCCAGGAACACGGCCUGGGACACGGCAAGGAACACGGCCAGGGACAUGGCCUGGCCAAACUGCCCCGAGUCAACGGCCUCCCCUAUAAAAUACAUUUAGAAAAUAGCAGCCCCGACCGAUUGAACAUCUGCAGAGAUGUCAUACCCUUGGGCAGCAUCACCUCCGUGUUUCACAAAACCAAUGAGACCUCUUUACCUGCCAAGGCCAACCCAUUGGAAGAACUUUAUGGACAAGAAAAUGGAGAGGGUCACCUGCAUGUUUCUGUGAACAAUUGCACGUACUCCCUUCACGCCAAAGCUAUCGAGCAACUUGUGGUAGGUCGAGGGGCGACCACUGCGUCCGCAAAGCAUGAGAUGUUGAUGAAGGAGGAGCAUUAUGUGGCCAGGGCCUGCCGCUUCCCGUGCCUCUCUCCCCCCAGAUCAUGGCGAGGGGAGAACGUUUGCUCCGAAUCAUCCUCACGCAAGUCAGAUCCCAGUCAGGAGGGCGGCGACGUCCGUGCAAAAAUACAACGGAUCUCAAACGCCGGGGGUAACGAUCGGAGGAAUCUGGUGCCACUAAAUGUAUCGUGGUCUCAGCUCCCCAUGGAAAAGGCGCCUAACGGCAAUGCGCAGAGGUUCCUACAGAAAAUUCAGACGAGGCCGCCAGCGGUGGUGGGAGAUGUUAGAGGAGGGCAGUUGCCUGCUAUGAGCCGCUUUGCUGACAGCCUGAGGAGCCUGGCCUAUUCCCAGACCCGUAGAGCGAGUGGUGCUGCGGAUAAGCAGGUCUCCAUCAGCAGCUGGGUGUCCAAGUGCCGGAGUGCUUGGAAGGACACACAAAAGAGGGCCUGCCUGCUCCCCACCAUCGCUGAGGCCUAACAACAAACGUCAACUCUCUACACUUCAACACAAAUGUUCAAAAUACAAUAACAGACACCACCACCCCCACCCUCAACCCCCCUCACACCCCACCCCUGUGCUCCCCAGGCACUGCCCCCCCACUUCCAAUCUGUCAGCUGCUUGUUUACCACAUUUCAAUGGUAAUUGUUAUCUUCCUGCUGCAUGAAAUUGUAACUUUUGGCAUCAGGCUGCACAUUUCAAGGUUUUUUCCCCCAAAAUAUCACUGAGUGAGAAUUUGCAUUGAUGUUUCAUCUUUUUGCUUUGGUGCUGUUCAGUAUCGCAAAUGUAACCUAAAGUAUUGAUCUCACAAAUAUUAAUAUAUAUAUAACAUAA